AUGUCUGCUGAUGAUCUGCAGAAUAUCAAAGAUGAAGUCCAACUUGAAAUUUCUCGCGGUGAAUGUGAAGACGAAGAAAACGUACUAGAGGCUGAUCCCGCGUCAGUUUCUUCCACAGACGGUCCGGUGGAACAGCGAGACAUUGUAUCGGGAUUACACACUGAUGAAGGCAUCGUACAUGCGGAGCAUGAUGAGUGUGCGACUGAUACUGCUGACGAGAACGUUAUCAAAGCUGAUACGCUAGAGGUUGCAUUUAUUGCUGAAAUGAUCAAAUGGCAAGGAGUCAGUCCAAAUCUUAGACAGUCACUGCCAAAACUUCCUUACACUCCUAAGUUGUUCGCGUGUAUUGAGAGGAUGAACCGAAUUAUACCAGCACACAUUCGUGAAGAAUCAACGUUAGAGGAAGUUCAUUGCAUCAUCUAUUGUGCAGCUCAGGCGAUAACACAAGCCGUCAAAGGCCCCACAAAUCAUGGGCGUAGGGGAAUCAAACUGAAUGCACCAAGAUGGCAACUUAGGAUUGAAAGGAAAGUGGCCAACCUAAGGCAGGAGAUUGGGAGAGUCACCCAGUGUGUCAAGGGGAAUACCUCAAAGAGGUUAAAGGCGAAGAUGGCCCAUGUGAAUGAGGAAAACCUUUUAACCCAUCUUGAUACACUGAAGCAGAAGUUAAAAGUUCAAGCUGCCCGACUCAGAAGAUAUAAAAAAUCAUACCAGCGCCAUUUAGAUAAUGCUCUGUUUCAGCGUAAUGAGAGAGCCUUCUAUCGAAGGAUGGGAAACGCCGCGGAUGUGAGAAACGCUCCCGAAGAAAUCCCAUCGAAAGAUGACGUAACGCAAUUUUGGCGAUCCAUCUGGUCAGAGGCCAAGGAGCAUAAUAGCACAGCUCCUUGGAUUGAGCAGGAAACAGUGCGUCAUGCCCACAUUACACAUGAAGGUGAGGUUGAAAUCACUAAGGAAGAUGUGCGGAGAGCAACUUUGCAUAUUCAUAACUGGAAGGCUCCCGGACCAGACAAAGUUCACAAUUUCUGGCUGAAAAAGUUAACAUGUGUGCAUACGCAGCUUUCAAGAAGCAUUCAAGAUAUUAUUACUCAUCCUGACAAAAUGCCGAUAUUUCUGACUGAAGGAGUGACGUUUGCGAAACAUAAAGGAGGCGAUUCGAAGGACCCAUCUGAGUAUAGACCGAUUACAUGUCUCUCCACGCUCUAUAAAGUCAUCACAUCCAUUGUAACCCGAUUAAUUGGGAGACAUGUAGCUAAGUGGAAAAUUUUGUGUGAAGAGCAGAAAGGGUGUUGCAAGGGAAGCUUCGGGUGCAAAGAGCUGUUAAUAAUUGAUUCGGUUGUGCUCAAGCAGGCUGUAAAGGAACGUCGUAACUUACAUGUGGGUUACAUCGGCUACAAAAAAGCUUUUGAUUCAAUGCCGCACAGCUGGCUAAUUCACGUUUUAAAUAUCUACCGAGUCCAUCCUGUCAUUGUUCAUUUCCUGAAGAGCAUUUUGGCAUCUUGGCGCACCAGAAUCAUAAUACAAGGAUCGGCGAGUGAAUUAGAAACUGAGGUCAUCCACAUCCUGCGAGGUAUUUUUCAAGGUGACAGUCUUAGUGCAUUGUGGUUCUGUUUAGGCCUCAAUCCCCUCUCAAAUUGCAUUCGAGAGAUGAAGGUAGGGUUCCCUCUAUGUCGGAACAGACAAGUACUCCACGUCAUCAACCACCUAGCCUACUUGGAUGAUAUUAAGAUCUAUGCAUCCCAAAGAGACCAGUUGCAUCAACUUUUCAAGGUGAUUGAAGAGGUCAGUGAUGAUAUUGGCAUGAUGCUUGGAGUACCUAAAUGCGCGACGCUCCAUAUAGAAAACGGCGUUAUAGUGCGGGAGGAUGGUUUUGUGACCAAUUCUGGUGACGUCAUCAAUAGCUUGACAAUGGAGGAUGCUUAUAAAUACCUUGGAAUGUGGCAGAGCUCUUCCAUCCAGAAGGUGAGAGUCAAAGAGCACCUGGUUAACACCUUCGUUGAUCGGCUGAGUGCGAUACUUAAGACCUCUCUAAACUCAAAACAUACGACCAAGGCAAUCAAAACCUUCGCCAUUCCUGCGUUAGCGUACUCAUUUGGCGUUGUCCCAUGGUCUGACACGGAGCUUGAGGGGCUUAAUAGGAAAGUCAGAACCUUGAUGACCAAGUGGAAUAAGCAUCACCCAAGAGCCGCUAAGGAGAGAAUACACAUCCCCCGCAAAUAG